GAGAACCGUUGGUCCGCGAAGCGGACGGCGUGCGAGACUCAGGGCUACCACCAUUUUAACAGGAUAUUUUUUCGAAAUUAGUCAUUGUCAGUAUUUUCGAAAAUCUGAAAUUGUACUAGUUCUAUGUUAAAAAUACCACCCUGUAACUGAACACCGUACGUCAUACAACGGUUUGGUUAGUAAAGCUGUUGCAUUCAGUCUUUUGGCUAAUCAUGCAAGAUAUUCGAAAAAAUCGAACUGGAAAUCGCUAUUACCAAAUUUUUAUAUUUACCAUGGUUUGACAUAACUGAAGUUCGGUCGAGUGCUUAUUUGAAAGGGCACUUUAUACCGGGUGUAUGCACAAUACAAUUCCAUUAAUUUAGAAAUAGAUAGAAAAUACAUAGAAAAAUGAAGGGAUUGUCAAAUACAAAACUCCGUAAUAUAUUCGAAGUUGAAAUGAUUUGGUAAAAAAGAAACAAAAAUACAAAGCACAGAACACGACAAUAGAUUUGUCAAAAUUUUAGUACUUAACCUGUUCUCGUGGCGUGUAAAAUGUUUGGAAUUUAUGACAUUUUCGAAUGACCACCAUGAACAAAUUACACUUUAAAAAAUUAUUAAGAGGAAAAGUAUUCCCGGAAGUGGGCAUAUCCUUAUGCUUGUCAGGCCUAGGAGAUCUCUUAGAACAAAACUAUGAAAUUUUAACGAACCAGUUGGAUCGAUGGGAUAAGCAUAGGACCAGAGACAUGACUCUAAGUGGGACCACAGUGGGAGUUGUGUGCCAUUACUGGUAUAGGUACUUAGACCGAUCCUUACCAGGAUAUACAAUACGAAUAGUUAUUAAAAAAGUUAUAAUAGAUCAGCUUGUUGGAUCUCCAAUGUGUAUCUCCACAUUUUUCCUGACAAUAGCGUUCUUGGAAGGGUCCACUAAGGAAGAGUUCUACGAAGAGGUGAAACAUAAAGCUUGGAGAUUAUAUGCUGCCGAAUGGAUGAUUUGGCCGCCAGCACAGUUUCUAAAUUUCUAUGUGUUGUCCACUAAAUAUAGAGUUUUAUUUGAUAAUCUCAUAUCAUUAGGAUAUGAUGUGUAUACUUCUCACGUUAAGCACACGAUUAAUGUUAAGAAAGACAAUGGGAUGGGUAGUUAACAUUUUAAAUUAAAUUAAAUUUAAGAUGUUUUUUGUGCUUUAAUUGCUAACUAAAAAACCAGAUUUCCGUGGAUGAAAAAAAUUGGGAAAAGGAUAUAGUUAAAAAAGUUGCAAAAAUUUCUCUAGUUUUGGUUUUCCGUUUUUUUUUUGCCAUUUAACCUACUACAAUUUCAAACCACAUGUAUCUAAGAAGCGGGAAACAU